AUGACGCCCGCCUUGGAACACGAGGAUGCCAUUUCGCAGGAACCUCAAUCGGCGGCGCAUCCUUCAAGCCACAAGCAUCGCAGAACCAUGACAUCGACCGACGAGAUAGACAGCACCAUUAUCCGACCCGGCAGCGUCAAGAUCAAUGUCAAGGGCGCUUUCAUCGUCGAUCCCGAUACUGCGACGCCAGCAUCGACUUCGGGCGCAAGCGCUGGUGCUGUCAGUUCGAUUAACGGCCGAACGAGUCCGACGCACCCUGAGACGAGCGACAUCCGACUUCCAUAUCACACUGCCAUUGUGAGCCAUAUUGCGAUUGACAUUGGCGGUUCACUUAUAAAAGUUGUUUACUUUUCGCGUGAGGCUGAUUCCACAGAUCCUGGUGGCCGGUUGAACUUUCAGAGCUUCGAAACGGAUCGCAUCGAUGAUUGUGUCGAGUUUAUGCGCCAUUUGCGCGAUAACCAGCUUGUCAAUGGCUCACAACCGGGAGAGCUGUGCGUGAUGGCUACAGGUGGUGGCGCAUACAAGUAUUAUGACAAGAUUCGGGCGGCUUUGGAAGUGGAUGUGUCGCAAGAGGACGAAAUGGAGUGUCUAAUUAUUGGCCUUGACUUCUUCAUCACCGAAAUCCCCCGCGAGGUCUUUACCUACUCUGAAACGGACCCCAUGCACUUCGUUGUGCCGCAAGAAAAUAUCUAUCCCUAUCUCCUUGUCAACAUCGGUUCGGGAGUUUCAUUCCUAAAAGUUACUGGACCACGAUCAUAUCAGCGAGUCGGCGGUACAUCACUUGGUGGUGGUACCCUCUGGGGUCUAUUGUCGCUAUUGACAGGUGCCCGAACCUUUGACGAGAUGCUUGAACAAGCCGCGCAUGGCGACAACGCUAAUGUCGACAUGUUGGUUGGUGACAUUUAUGGAACAGACUAUGGCAAGAUAGGAUUGAAGAGCACGACCAUUGCCUCAUCUUUUGGCAAGGUCUUUCGUAUGAAGAGAGAAGCCGAAUCAGCAGCUGAAGAUGGCAGGUCGGCGACACCAGAAGAUGCAUCCUUUAAUAGUGCCGAUGUUUCACGUUCUCUGCUUUACGCGAUAUCAAACAACAUUGGGCAAAUCGCCUAUCUCCAGUCGCAAAUUCACAACCUAUCCAACAUUUACUUUGGUGGAUCCUUCAUUAGAGGCCACCGACAAACCAUUAACACGCUGAGUUACGCCAUCAAAUUUUGGAGUAAGGGAGGGAAGCAGGCGUACUUCCUCAGACAUGAGGGUUAUCUUGGCUCAGUAGGCGCCUUUCUCAAAAGGAAGCCGAAGAACUGGGGUCGAAAGGGCAGCCUUGAGGGUAUGGAUGACAUUGCUGAGUUGAGGAGGAAUCUUCGCGAUGGGGCACCCAGCUCCAGUACAUCAUAG